UUUCAGAUACGUUUUUGCUUCUGCCGCGCUUAGAGCCAGAGUCGGGUUUUCGUCUGAGUCUGAGGUCUGGGUCUGAGACAUAGACAUAGAUCUUGGAUCUUGGUUUCGGUUUUAAUUUCGGUUUCGAUUUCGUUUGGAUCGCGUCGCGGCCUCAGUUCGUUGGCGCAUUCCUACCGAUCGAGUCGUGUGUUCGGUCCCUCGUUAGAGUUCUGGUGGCCAAGAUAGGCUCGUCCUCGCCUCUGUAUUCGGUUCAAUGCUGUGCUCUGCAUUGUCAACGUUAUGCUAAUUACCGAAAGGAUUCAAAUCAUAGCAUACAUCAUCGGUUACAAUCUCUUUGGCAAGACUCCGUCGCACCCCUGGUGACAAAUUAAUCGCCAAGUGCCUCGCUAAAACCAACCGUUAGAUAAAGAGAUCACCAGCCAGGAGUUUAUUUAUUAAGUUGGUCUUAACACCAUAACCACGCGAUAACGCGGGAAUAUCAAUCAAUCAAAAAAGAUUUGCAAAACGUGCCAAAUAUAAUUUAAACCUAUUUAUUUUGUUUAACAAACAGCUAAUAAGUCUAGCUAUAUAAAUUAGUAAGUCGUUUAAUUUAACAACAAACAAGUUAAUCCUCAUAACACAAACCACUAAGAGAGUUGCCGCAGGAGCAGCCAUCUGCUUCAGCAUGAAGAAGCAACAAAUGCUGUUAAGUUUAAUUUUAUGGUGCCUCUGCGCUCCCAGUCUGACCCUUCGCAUUCCCGAGGACCUCGAAAAUGCCGCCAUCAAUGCCCUGCGCUCCGAGCGAGCACGCUUGCUGACCCAAUGCGGCACCUCCUCGGACGGAGAGGGCCAUGUCACUGACGAGUACGACGUCUGCCCGCCGAGCAAGUACCGCCAGCCGACCGCCGAGUGCAACAAUGUGUCCCACCGCAAGUGGGGCGCCCGCGGCGACAUCUUCCAGCGCCUGCUGCAGGCCGACUACGCCGACGGAGUGAGCCAGCCCAGGAGCUCCAAGGGCACCCACGCCCUGCCCGAUGCCGAGCUGGUGAUAGAGCAGCUGCAACGCCACGUGGAGGGCGAGCUGCGACACCAGCACAUCACUGCCAUGCUGCCCGCCUGGGGCCAGCUGCUGGCCAACGACCUGGUCGAGGUGGCCCAGCUCCCGAUCUCCGGCAAGUGCUGUGAGCGCGACUCGGCCGUUAAGGAUCCUAGCGAGCUGCAGCAAUGCUUUGUUCGUGCUGGACCUGACUGCAAGGAGUACAAGCGGUCCGCUCCUGGAUUCGAUGCUGAGGCUUGCCAAAAACACACUCGUGAACAGAUGAACGUCGCUUCCGCCUUCAUUGAUGGCUCCGGACUCUAUGGAUUAACCCGUCAUGAAUUCGACCAACUGCGCACCUACAUCAGCGGCGGUGUCAAGGUGGAGUCCUGCAAGUACUGCCAAGUGGCCGGAGCCACGGGAGCGCUGCAUCGCGCUCUCCUCCAGCAGCACAACAAUAUUGGCGAGCGCCUGGCGCACAUCAACCCUGAUUGGUCCGAGGAGGACGUGUUCCUGGAGGCCCGACGCAUCAUCACUGCCACCAUCCAGCACAUCACCUACAACGAGUUCUUGCCCCUGGUCCUGGGCCAGGAAACCACCGCCAAGGAGGGCCUCCGGCUGACCGCCGAAAAGCACUCGAGCAACUACUCCAGUUCUGUGCGAGGAGGCAUCUACAACGAGUUCGCUACCGCCGCCAUGCCCGCCUUCUGGAGCAUGUACCCACCCGAGAUGCUGGCCAAGAAGAUGUCCGCCCACGAGCUUCUCUCCAUCGCCGCCCUGCAAAAGUCCCUGGUGCCCAGCCAGAUAAACGCCGAGGGUUGGUCCGAGUUGGCCCUGGCCGUCCACCGAGGCCGCGAUCAUGGUGUGGCCUCGUAUGUGCAUGCCCUCGAUCUGUGCGAGCGUCGAUUCCCCGAGCAGGCGGUCAAUGUUACCUUCGACAAGCUAGCCCAGGUGACCAAUAUCCCCGAGGAGUUUAUCACCAAUCUGCGUGACAUUUACCAAAACGCCGAAGACAUUGACCUGCUGGUGGGUGCCCUCCUGGAGGAGCCCGCGGUAGGUGCCCUGUUCGGACCCACUAUUAGCUGCCUGUUGACUCUGCAGUUCGAGCAACUCAAGCAAACCGACCGCUUCUGGUACGAAAACGAGAUUCCGCCUUCUUCCUUCACCCUGGAGCAACUGAAGAGCAUCCGCCAGACCUCGCUGUCAGGCCUGCUUUGCGGCUCCCAUCAAGUGAGCACGGCCCAGUCCAAGGCCUUCAUUCUGGAGGACAACUACCUGAACUCUGUUUUGGACUGCACCCAGCUGCCGCAAUUCGAUUUGAAGCCCUGGCAGGUAAAUCCCGAGGAUGAGGUCCAUGUAGAUCAUGUGGAGGUGGAACCGGACACCAAGGAGGCAAUUGCUGAGCUCAGUCCCGAGCUUAUUGAGGCAGCCGUUGAGCGUGCCAAGCAGGAGCUGGAAGAACGCAAGCGAUUCGAGUACGAAGUGUGGCGUACACAGGGUGGCAUUAGCGCCAAAUCGCCCGAUGGCACCGCCGCCUCCUUCAGCAAGGCCAACUUGGCUGCGUUGAACCUGGCCAACUCCUCCCUCAUCUUCGAGCUGACUUCCAACGAAAUUGUCAAGACCCUGAACCACAUCUCCAGGCGCAAGCGUCAGAUCUUCAAUCCCAACCAGAACGCCUUCAACCGCAACGAGCUGUCUGAAACCCUGCAAACCGUGGACAUUAGCGGAUUGCUCGGUGGCGCCCAAAAGCAUAUCGAUGAGUGCCCGGAGCCCCAGACGGCCUGUGAUGCCAACACCCCAUUCCGAACUCUGUCGGGAAGGUGCAACAAUCUGCGCAACCCCAACUGGGGCAAGUCGCUCACCACUUUCUCCCGUCUGUUGCCGGCUCAGUAUGAGGAUGGCAUCUCGGCACCCAGGAUCACUGGAGUGACAGGUUCUCCACUGCCAAAUCCCAGAACUAUUUCCACUACGAUUCACCCGGACAUUUCCAAUCUGCACACCCGCUACUCUCUGAUGGUGAUGCAGUUCGCCCAAUUUGUGGAUCACGAUCUGACCCUCACGCCGAUUCACAAAGGCUUCCACGAGUCGAUUCCCAGCUGCCGGUCCUGCAACUCCCGCCAGACUGUCCACCCUGAGUGCAACCCCUUCCCAGUGCCAGCAGGAGACUUCUACUACCCGGAGGUGAAUGUAACGAGUGGUGAGCGCUUCUGCUUCCCCUCCAUGAGGUCGCUGCCGGGCCAGCAGUCGCUGGGUCCUCGUGACCAGAUCAACCAGAACACCCACUUCCUUGACGCAUCCAUGGUGUACGGAGAGACCAACUGUUUGUCCAACAAGCUGCGAGGAUUCUCUGGCCGGAUGAACAGCACCCAGCUAAGGGGUAAGGAACUCCUGCCAUUGGGUCCCCACCCGGAGUGCAAAUCCCGCAACGGCCUCUGCUUCCUGGGCGGUGACGACCGUGCCUCCGAGCAGCCAGGUCUGACCGCCAUCCACACCGCCUUCCUGCGCGAACACAACCGAAUUGUCGAAGGCUUGCGCGGAGUGAACCCCCACUGGAACGGUGAGCAGUUGUUCCAUCACGCCCGUCGAAUUGUCAGUGCCCAGGUGCAGCACACCGUGUUCAACGAGUUCCUGCCCCGCAUUCUCAGCUGGAACGCAGUGAACCUGUACGGAUUAAAGUUGCUGCCACAAGGAUACUACAAGGAUUACAACCCAUCCUGUUCCCCAAUUGUCUUCAACGAGUUUGCCGCCGCUGCCUUCCGAAUUGGUCAUUCCUUGCUGCGUCCCCACAUCCCGCGUUUGAGUGUCCAGCACCAGCCUGUGGAGCCACCACUACUGCUCCGCGAUGGAUUCUUCCGCAUGGACGCUCUGCUGCAGCCCGGAAUCAUCGAUGAGAUCCUGCGUGGUUUAGUCGCCACCCCAAUGGAAACCCUCGACCAGUUCAUUACCGGCGAGGUGACCAACCAUCUGUUCGAGGACCGCAAGAUUCCGUUCUCCGGCAUCGACUUGAUUGCCCUUAACAUCCAGAGAGCUCGCGAUCACGGUGUUCCUUCUUACAACAACUACCGUGCCCUCUGCAAUCUGAAACGCGCCACCAACUGGAACGAUCUGAGCCGUGAAAUCCCCACCGAGGUGAUUAAUCGCUUCCAAAAGGUCUAUGCCAGCGUGGAUGAUAUCGAUCUAUUCCCUGGUGCCAUGACGGAGCGUCCUCUGCAAGGUGGUUUAGUGGGCCCCACCCUAGCCUGCAUCAUUGGCAUCCAGUUCAGACAGCUGCGCAAGUGCGAUCGCUUCUGGUACGAAAAUCAAAACCCGGAGGUUAAGUUUACGGAAGCUCAGCUGGCUGAGAUCCGCAAGGUGACUCUGGCCAAGAUCGUGUGCGAAAACCUGGAGGUCACCGGAGACAUGCAGCGUGCUGCCUUCGACUUGCCAAGCAAUUUCUUGAAUCCGCGUGUGCCUUGUGCCUCAAUGCCCCAGAUUGAUCUUAACGCCUGGCGGGAGAACGUCCAAGGCUGCCAAAUUGGUAACCGCAACGUGCGUGUUGGAGAGUCCGCCUUCCCAUCGCCCUGCACCAGUUGUGUGUGCUCAGCUGAGGGGGCUCAGUGCGCCUCCCUGCGAAUCACCGACUGCGGCCAGCUGAUCCGCCAGUGGCCCAAGGAUGCUAUCCUGCGAGAUGAGGUGUGCAACUCUCAGUGUGGAAUUUAUCUGACCGGCCAGCAGGCUAGUGGAUUCAAUGCCCAGCAACGUCAGGGCCAAGCUCAGCCCAGAGUUACCCGCUCCCGCAACCAAAACCUCUUCAAGUUUCCUGAUCUGACCCCCUUCAUUGCCUCCCUCUAAGCGGACCAAACGUAUCGACGGAGUACACAAACACCAUUAUUAUUGACGCAUUUUGUAACAAACUAGUGCGUUUGUACAUAAGUUUCUUAAUUGUUUUGCUUACCUAAAGACUUUUCGACUGCCCAACCAGGAUGUGAAAAUCUGUCGCGGAAACACAACCACUCGGCUUCAUCAUGAAGCAGUUACCACCGGUAAUUGCUGUCUAGUUAAAUUCUUAUUUAGGCUUCAAGUUACUUUUGUAAAUCGUAAAUUAAGCAGGCCCGAAAACUAAUUCAUGAGCAUGACUACGAUGCUAUAUUAUAACUAAACAUAUCAAUGCAUAUCGAUCUAUGUAAGGCUAAUAAA